AAAGAACUGGUCUCGAGCAGUACCUUUAUGCUGCUAUGCGAUGAAUAUUCAAACAUCAAGACAAACUAAAAAUAGUACAUAUGCAUUAGUAUUUGGACAAAACCCUUUAUGGCAUUUUACAAUAUUAAAAAAAAUCAAAGAUCAACAUAUUAAUUCGGAAGAUGAGUUACCUGAGAAUUGGUUCGAACCAUCCGAACCUCAAGAUGAUUUUGAUCAGCAGGAAGUUGAGCAGGAAUUGCUUAAAUAUGAAUUGGAAAAUGAAAGAUUGAAUGAAAUAACUGACGAUGAAGAAUUAAAUGACAUGAUAAAUGAAAGAUUGAACAAAAUAGUGAACAAUGAAAUAUUGGAUAACAUAGUGAAUAAAAGAUUAGAUGAGCAGUUAAGUGAAAGGAUAAACGAGCAAUUAGAUGAAAGGUUAAGCAUAAGGGUAACUGAAAAAGAAAAUGCUGUGAUAAACAUAA